AUGGCGCGCCUCACGCUCCUCCUGCUCCCGCUCCUGGCCUUCGCCGCCGCCACCGCUGCCGCGCUUGAGCAGCCCGAGUUCAAGCCGGCGCCGCAGACGAGCGUCUCCAGCACCGCCUUCAACCCCGCACUGACCAACCCGGGUGGCUCCACAAACGCUGCUGGCACCUUCGCCGUCUCCUCGCUCGGCCGCUCUUCUUCCUUCUCGUACAACAGCGCGCUGCCGUCGACGACGUCCUUCGUCGUCAACUCGCCGGCGUUCGCCUCGCCCGCAGCCGUCGAGACGCCGUCGGGCUUCAACGCGCCCAUUGUGACGAGCGUGCCGCUGCUGUCGCAGUCGAGCAGCAUGCCCAUCUCGCUCGUCACCACGACGAGCGUCAGCGUCGAGGCGGCACCGACGUCGCGCCCGGACGGCGCGGCGUCCCACCGCGUCGCUGCUGCGGGCUGGGCUGUCGGUGCGCUCGGCGUCGUCGCUGCGUUUGCCUUCUAA